AAAGCAGAAACAGCAAAAAGAGAGUUACAAGAUGAAGUUUCCGAACUGCGCUGCUUGAAAGACCAAAUGGCAGCUGAGUUGGCCACCACAGCAAAAGAGGCUGCAGAGUCCAAGGAUUCAUUUCUUCGUGAUCGUUCACUCAUGGAAGCAAGUUAUUUGGAAAAGGUAGACGAGUUGACAAGGGAAAAGGAUGCUAUGCGUGAACGAAUCCUUCAACAGGAAGAAAAACUGAAACAAAAUUUAGAGGAAGAAAGAAAUUUUGAAAUGAAGCUGUCUACUCUGUUAUUACAAUUGCAUUCAAAAGAGCAGGAGAUAGUGAAUCAAAAUAAGUUGCUACAAGAAAAAGAAAUCAAAGUUGUCGAUUUGAAUGCACAAAUGAGUGACAUAGCAAAAGAAACAAACGAGUUAAGAAGAAUCGUGGCAACUCAAGAAAGGAAAACUCAUGAUGCCAUAAAAAAGAAUUCUGAAUUAACGAAAAGAUGCAACGACCUGCAGUCUUCAUUAAAAUUUACCGAGGAUCACAAAGCAGAUAUCAGCAAGAAAUUGAUAAAUGUAAGUGGGGAGCUGGCAUCUUCAAAUGAACAUGUAAUUCAAUUGAAAGAAGAUGUGCAUUCACUGACAUUGCAAGUGAAAAGGCAUCAGAAUGGGUCAGCAAAAGAACAGGAAAGGCUCCAAAGAGCUAUUCUACAACUGAGCGAAGAUCUUAGAAAGGAAAAGGAAAAGCAGCUAACAAAAAGCAGAGAUUUUGAGGAAUUUAUUGAAGAGAUUGGAAAUGAGAACACAGAGCUUAAGAAGACAGUUGACACUUUGAAAUCAAAAAUUAAAAAUCUGUCCCAGAGAGUCAUGUUAAUGUCUGCGGAUGAAAACAGCCUGCAAAGAAAACUUGAGGAAGAACUUAGCUCAAAGAGUCAGUUAGAAGGCAAGGUAAAGCUUUUGCAGGAUAAAAUUGAAAACGAGAAGCUAACAACUUCAGAACUAAGCGAAACUUUGAAAGCAGCAGACCAAAUAAAAUCAAAUUAUGAAAAGGAAAAGUCCCUGCAAUGUAGAAUGAUGAAGGAAUCGGAAAACAUGCUGCGAAAAAAGGAGGCAGAGAUAAAGAGCAUGAAAGCUUUUAUAAAGCAAUUACGAAUGAAUCUACAAAACAAUGAAGUAAAGGUUUCUGAACACCAAAAAGAAUCAUGGGAUUUAAAAGAAAAGUUAAAGUAUCUCAAUCAGCAAUUGGAUGUUUUACCAAAGGUGCGCAAAGAGCUCAGCCUGAAAAUCGAAGAAGUCAAUGAACUAAACAAAUAUCUAGCAGAAUGUAAUGAAAGCAGGAAACUGCAAUCUGGUGUAAUCAUUGAAUUACAGAAGCAACAAUGUUUUCUGGAAAGCAGAGAAAAGAAGCAACUAAAAGAGUUGGAAGCAUUACAAAAAGACGCUUAUAUGAAAGAUGAAAAGAUUUUUGAGUUGAAAAGAAGAAACCAAAAGUCUGUAAAAGAGCAUGAAGAUGUGGACAACGUUACAAAAGCUUUAGCUAUGCAGCUCGAGUCUCUGCAAGAUGAAAAUGAAAAAUUGAAAAUGGAAUUAGAGUCAGUAAAAGAAUUUCUGGAUAACGAACAGUUAAAGAACAGAGAACAUGCGUCUGCUAACCAUAGCGAGAAACACAUCGACAGGGAAAAAUGUGGAAAUAGGGCUCUUGAGGUGCAAGUAAACCAGUUAAAAAAUAACCUGAUGAUAACGCAGGGUCGGCUACAAAAAGAAGUGGAGUGGAGAAUAAAAACAGAAAAUGAGUUGCGAACAGUAAGGAAGGCCAAGACUGAAUUGCAGUCACAACUAUCGCACCUGGAAGAGGAUAUUUCUAACAAGUUCAUUGAAUAUCGCAAAGUUUUAAUAAAAGUGGAACACCUUGAGAAGGAGAAUUCCUUUCUUCGUUUGGAAGUAGAAAACCAAUCAAAACAGAUGCUUAGCCAAUUGAAAGACGAUUCUUGAUUUUGAAGCUUAUCAUAAAUUUCUUUUUCCAAAAUAAUCACUGAUAUAAAGUUUGUCAAGUUGUUAAUAUUAAUUGUUUUUAUUGAGAGUAAUUUUGAUAUUGUUCACAAAAAAAAAUUAUACCAAAACAGAGUCUCCACACGUGCAUUUUUCCACAGGGACCAAAAUCAACCCUCUUGUCCUUGACAUAAUGAAUCCCCCUCCUCAUCUCAAAUUACUUGGUUCUCAGCUUCUUUCACUUU